AAAACAUGGACAAGAAACGGUUAUUAUUGUGUGAAAGCCAUUGUCAUUCUACACGCUAUACCCAUUCAAGUGCGACGUAUAUCAAACACAGUUCAAAUCACCUCUCUCGCAUAGUCACAUUGCAACGUUUAGUGUGAGUGGAGAACAAUCAUCAGGAUGGCACUUGAAUACAAGCAAUUCACGAAUGAAGGUUUUGACGUAGAGGGCGUGGGUCAUGGAGACCCUCCUAGUUACGAUGAGAGUAACGCGAUUCCAAGCUCAGCUCCACCUCAGAACCCUUACCCGCCUCCGAAAUCUCUUGAGUAUCCUAUGCAACAGCCUUCUCACUCUCAGCAGGCUGCACAGUUCCCUCAGCAGCAACCAGGCACUGCUGCCCCCCAGCCGCAGGUGGUUCAGGUGCCGAUCCAACAGAACAUAGCUAAUGUGAGCACGGGAAUAGCACCGAAUGACUACUUUGCUCAAGCUCUCUUUGUCACACUCUGCUGUUGUAUGCCAUUUGGGAUUGUAGCUCUCAUCAAAUCAAGAGAGGUGAAACACCGAUCAGCAGUAGGGGACUACCAUGGUGCCGCUCUCUCAUCUUUGGAGGCGAAAAACUGGUCCAAAAAAGGGUUACUGUUUGGAAGUAUUUCGUUUGGUGUUUCUGUUGUUGUCAUUAUAUACGCUGCAUUACGCACAUCCAUUGAAUAUGGUUAUUAGAAAAAAUAAAAAGAAAGAAGGAGGACAGGGGAUCAUAAUCAGAAAGAAAGAAGGGCUG